AAAUCAAAAACAGUUCAAAUUCGGAUUUCAAAUAAAUCUAAUCAGACCCCAAACACACCCUCCUAGUUCUUUCUAACUCCGGCACUUUACUCCCCUUUUCGCCGGGGAUACACACAUAGAAGCCCUAAAUACAGUUAGGGUUUAUCAAUUAGGCAUCUAAUUCAUCUCAAAAUCAUGUCUUUACAACUCUGCGGUGCUUAAUUCUCCGUUAGUUUGUGACCCUUUUAGUGUGUUGUGUAUAUAGAGAAAGUUUAGGGUUUUAAUUUGGGGGUCUGAAAUGGACGGGAGGAGAAUCACGGCGACUCGGCGACCGUGUUGUGGUCGCAGAGUGGUGGCCAAGAAGCGGCCACGGAGUGGUGGUGAUGGGUUUGUGAAUAGUGUGAAGAAGCUGCAGAGGAGGGAGAUUUGUUCAAAGCGCGAUCGGAGUUUUAGUAUGAGUAAUGCGCAGGAGAGGUUUCGUAAUAUUCAUUUGCAGGAGGAGUACGACACCCAUGAUCCGAAAGGACAUUCUUCUAUGGUGCUACCCUUUCUAAAAAAGCGAUCAAAAGUUAUUGAGAUUGUUUCUGCUCAGGAUAUUGUCUUUGCUCUUGUGCAGUCUGGUGUUUGUGCUGCAUUUAGCCGAGAAACCAAUGAAAGGAUAUGUUUUAUGAAUGUCAGUCCUGAUGAAGUUAUUCGAAGCUUGUUCUACAAUAAGAACAAUGAUUCCCUCAUCACUGUUUCCGUUUAUGCAUCAGACAACUUCAGCUCCUUGAAAUGCAGAACCACAAGGAUUGAAUACAUCCGACGUGGCAAACCAGAUGCUGGCUUCCCUCUUUUUGAGUCCGAAUCAUUGAAAUGGCCUGGUUUUGUCGAGUUUGAUGAUGUCAACGGGAAGGUACUCACUUAUUCAGCACAAGAUAGCAUCUACAAGGUCUUUGACCUGAAAAACUAUACAAUGUUAUACUCCAUCUCUGAUAAAAACGUGCAAGAAAUCAAGAUCAGCCCAGGAAUAAUGUUGCUGAUAUUCACAAAAGCCAGUGGUCAUGUUCCCCUUAAGAUUCUUUCAAUUGAGGAUGGAGCUGUUCUUAAAUCUUUCAAUCAUCUCCUUCAUCGCAAUAAAAAGGUGGAUUUUAUUGAACAGUUCAAUGAAAAGCUGCUCGUCAAGCAGGAGAAUGAAAACCUACAGAUUCUAGAUGUUCGGAAUUCUGAGCUAACCGAAGUCAGCAGAACUGAAUUCAUGACUCCGUCAGCGUUCAUCUUCUUAUAUGAAAACCAAUUGUUCCUGACAUUUCGGAACCGAACAGUGGCUGUGUGGAACUUCCGAGGGGAGCUUGUGACUUCAUUUGAGGAUCACCUUUUGUGGCAUCCUGAUUGCAAUACUAACAACAUAUAUAUCACAAGUGACCAGGAUCUUAUUAUAUCUUAUUGCAAGGCUGAUUCCGAAGACCAACUGCUAGAAGGAAAUGCUGGUUCAAUAAACAUCAGCAAUAUACUGACGGGAAAAUGCCUGGCCAAGAUAAAAGCCACCAACAGUCUUCCGCCGGAGGAAUGCAAUUGCAGUAGCAAGUGUAGUGGAAAAAAUUGCAGCUCAAGUAAGCGAUUCCAAGCUUCUAGGAUGAGGAGCACCGUUGCAGAUGCACUCGAAGACAUCACUGCUCUCUUUUAUGAUGAAGAACGCAAUGAGAUAUAUACUGGCAAUCGGAUUGGCAUGGUCCACGUCUGGUCUAACUAAAGGUGCUCUUACCUUUAUAACUGCAACUGGUUGAAUUCACCCCACAAGCCCAGCUAGAGCAACCGUAAGGAAAAUGUUGUGUUCGAAGUUGGUUAAGGUUGUUUUGUGUCCCAACUGUUCCAUGCCCUUGUGGUUAAUAUUUGCCCCUUCUUUAAUUUGCUCCCUCCUAUUAGGGGAGUUUUAUUUAUUAUCAGGGCAUAUAACGGGUUUUGCAAAUUGAGAUGUUGAAGUGACACCUGUUGUAGAUGUGUUUUAUGAAGAUGGGCAUACUAUGUAAAAGGAACUAUGAGUGCUUGAUGGACAUUUGCAUGCAGGAAAGCUCUAACUUCUUCCAUUCACAA